CUUGGAUCUGAAUAGAACGUCGAUCUUUCAUAGCCCGCGCGGAUCUCUUGAUCUCCAUUCGAUGCUGCUGGAUGAAUACCAAGAACGACUCUUUGUGGGGGGCAGAGACCUUCUGUAUUCUCUCAGCUUGGAGCGGAUCAGUGACGGCUACAGAGAGAUUCACUGGCCCAGUACAGAACUAAAAAUAGAAGAAUGCAUAAUGAAAGGGAAGGACGCAAGCGAGUGUGCGAAUUUCGUUCGUGUUUUGCAUCACUACAACAGGACCCACCUCCUGGCGUGUGGUACCGGAGCCUUCGACCCGCUGUGUGCCUUCAUUCGAGUUGGUUAUCAGCUGGAGGAGCCCGUAUUUCACCUGGAGUCGCAUAGAUCAGAGCGAGGAAGGGGCAGAUGUCCUUUCGAUCCCGGCUCCUCCUUCGUCUCCACCUUGAUUGGUGGCGAGCUCUUCACCGGCCUCUACGGGGACUACUGGGGCCGCGACGCCGCGCUCACCCGCAGCCCGGGCCGCCUGGGCCACGUGCGCACAGAGCCCGACGACGAGCGCCUGCUGCGAGAGCCCAAGUUCGUGGGCGCGUACCUGGUCCCUGACAACGAGGACCGCGCGGACGACAAGGCCUACUUCUUCUUCCGCGAGCGCGCACAGGAGGCGGAGCGCGGCGCGCAGGCGCUGUUCGCGCGCGUGGGGCGCCUGUGCGUGAAUGACGCAGGCGGGCAGAGGAUCCUGGUGAACAAGUGGACCACCUUCCUGAAAGCCAGGCUGGUGUGCUCCGUGCCAGGCACGAACGCGAUCGACACGUAUUUUGAUGACCUAGAGGAUGUUUUCUUGCUGCACACCAGAGAUCAGAAGAACCCAGUGAUAUUUGCACUGUUUAACACUACCAGCACUAUCUUCAGAGGACAUGCUAUAUGUGUCUAUCACAUGUCCAGCAUCCGGGCAGCCUUCAAUGGGCCGUAUGCACACAGGGAAGGGCCCGAGUACCACUGGUCACUGUACGAAGGAAAAGUCCCCCACCCAAGGCCUGGUUCUUGUGCCAGCAAGGUGAACGGAGGGAGGUAUGGGACCACCAAGGAGUACCCUGAUGAUGCCAUUCGAUUUGCAAGAAGCCACCCACUCAUGUACCACCCCAUCAAACCUGCCCAUAGAAAGCCGAUACUGGUGAAGACAGACGGAAAAUACAACCUGAAGCAGAUUGCAGUGGACCGAGUGGAAGCCCAGGAUGGCCAGUACGAUGUCUUAUUCAUUGGGACAGAUGCUGGAAUUGUCUUGAAAGUCAUCACAAUUUACAACCAAGAAACAGAAUCUAUGGAAGAAGUAAUUCUAGAAGAACUUCAAAUAUUCAAGGAUCCAGUUCCUAUUAUUUCUAUGGAGAUUUCUUCAAAAAGACAGCAGCUGUUCGUCGGGUCCCCCGCGGCCGUGGCGCAGGUGCGGCUCCACCAGUGCCACCUGUACGGCAGCGCGUGCGCAGACUGCUGCCUGGCGCGGGACCCCUACUGCGCGUGGGACGGCGUGGCCUGCUCGCGCUACCUGCCCACGGGCGCGGGCGCGCAGGCCAAGAGGCGGUUCCGCCGGCAAGAUGUCCGGCAUGGAAAUGCAGCGCAGCAGUGCGUGGGGCAGCAGUUCGCUGGAGAUGCCUUGGCUCAAGCUGAAGAGCGCCUGGCUUAUGGCAUAGAGAACAACAGUACCCUGCUGGAAUGUACCCCACGUUCUUUACAAGCCAAAGUCAUCUGGUUUGUACAGAAAGGACACGAAGGAAGAAAAGAAGAGGUGCGGCCGGACGACAGGGUGCUGCAGGUGGACCUGGGGCUGCUGAUCCUCCGCGUGCGCAGGUCGGACGCGGGCACCUACGUGUGCCAGGCGGAGGAGCACGGCUUCGUGCACACGGUGCGCAGGCUGCUGCUGGACGUGGUGGAGGAGCGCAGCGUGCGGGACGCGUUCCGCGCCGAGCCCGGCGCGCCCAAGGCGCCCUGCCCGGCCCCCG